UACUUGAAAACCUUAUCUACUCAACUCCCCUCCAUCUUCUUCAUCCAAACUCAAAGUCACAGGCAGAUUCACAGUUUUUUCUUUUCCGAACCAGACCCUAAAUGUCAUUUUAUUUGAUUUUGUGAUAUCUUUCGCUUUUUUGCUUUCUUUACUCUUUACUUGACCCUCCAUGGCCGCUUUUAUCUCCUGUCAUUGUUCUACUUCUCUACCCACCUCCAAAUUCAUCAACUUCCAAAAAUUACCCGUUAACAGAAACAAUGCUUGGUUGACUCAGCACUUCACUCCACGUUGCUCUUUGAAAAGUCAGCAUCGCCAUCGUCAUCAGUGUCAGCUCCAAUCUGAACAGAAACGGAGGCCAUUUUCUUUGAAAGAAUGUGCACUUUCUAUAGCUUUGGCGGUUGGCUUGAUUACCGGAAUGCCUUCGGUAGAUUGGUCUUCUACUGCAUAUGCAGCAAACCCAGUUGUAACUGAUAUUUCGGUGUUAAUCUCUGGCCCACCAAUUAAAGACCCUGGAGCAUUGUUAAGAUAUGCUUUGCCUAUUGACAACAAGGCUAUUAGGGAAGUACAGAAACCUCUUGAAGACAUCACAGAGAGCCUCAAGGUUGCUGGAGUCAAGGCUCUUGAUUCUGUUGAGAGGAAUGUGAGGCAAGCAUCACGAACUCUCAAGCAAGGAAAAAGUUUAAUUUUAUCGGGUUUAGCUGAAUCAAAGAAGGACCAUGGAGUGGAACUGCUAGACAAGCUGGAAGCUGGAAUGGAUGAACUACAACAGAUUGUGGAGGGUAGGAAUAGAGAUGCUGUUGCCCCCAAACAGAAAGAGCUGCUUCAAUAUGUUAGUGGUGUUGAAGAGGACAUGGUGGAUGGCUUCCCAUAUGAAGUGCCAGAGGAAUAUAGGAAUAUGCCUCUUCUAAAGGGGAGAGCAACCGUGGACAUGAAGGUGAAAGUGAAAGAUAAUCCCAAUCUUGAUGAGUGUGUAUUUCGCAUAGUUCUGGAUGGUUACAAUGCUCCUGUAACUGCUGGGAAUUUUGUGGACUUGGUGCAAAGACAUUUCUAUGAUGGCAUGGAAAUCCAGAGGGCUGAUGGUUUUGUUGUUCAAACGGGAGAUCCUGAAGGUCCUGCAGAAGGUUUUAUUGAUCCUAGUACAGAGAAAACUAGGACAAUUCCAUUAGAAAUCAUGGUAAAUGGUGAGAAGACACCAUUCUAUGGAGCAACUCUGGAAGAGCUUGGUCUAUAUAAGGCUCAGACAAAGCUUCCAUUUAAUGCGUUUGGAACAAUGGCAAUGGCAAGAGAGGAAUUUGAGAAUAAUUCUGCCUCAAGUCAGAUAUUUUGGCUGCUGAAAGAAAGUGAACUAACUCCCAGUAAUGCCAAUAUAUUGGAUGGUCGCUAUGCCGUAUUUGGUUACGUGACAGAAAAUGAGGAUUUUCUGGCAGAUCUCAAGGUUGGUGAUGUGAUAGAAACCAUACAAGUAGUUUCUGGCGUGGAUAACCUAGUCAAUCCAAGCUACAAGAUUGCUGGUUAGACCGUUUUCUGUUUGUUUGCACACCAGAUAAAUCUAAUUGUCACUUUCCACAUCUUCAUUCUUCAUUGAUAGAGCCAGUAUGGUUUAUGCAGUUCAUAUAUAACUUUUAAGUAAUAGUUGUGUAUUUGUUGCAUUUCGGAGAAUUGUGGCAUUCAGAGUUGAUUUUUUUCUCUUCAGAGAAGUUCUAUAUAGAAAUGAUGGUUGAAAUUUCAACUUGUAAUCAGCGAAGGGGAUUUAAGGUUUAUUAUAUCAUCUUCUUCUUCAGUAGGGAAUAAUGCCAUUGAACCAGCCGUAGCAUAUUGAAUUUCU